AUGGCAGCGAUCCUUAACUACGAUGACCACCUUGGAACGGAGACAGUGAAGAUCUACAUUGGACCAAAACGCAAAGUGUUUGUCAUGCAUAGGAAACCACUCUUUGCUGCCGCACCAUACUUUGAGAGAGCGAUGCGUCAGAGGGAGGAAAAGCACGGCAAGUUGUAUCUACCACAUGAUCAUUGUGGUGCAUUUGCAUUGUUCGUAGAGUGGAUCUACCGAACAGUAUUGCCGGACGGUCAUAGCCAAGACUACGUGGACAGCUUGUACGAGCUUUACAUGUUCGCAGAGAAGAUAUCUCUAAGUUCCCCAACUUUGGAGGAUCGUAUCAUGGACAAGAUCCAGGAUAUCUCCCUCAAGUACGACCUUACUCCGAGUCUCCAUAUGAUACACAGAAUUUACGAAAGUCCGGCCGACGGAAGGACAAUUAAAAGUUCAGCACUCAGGGAUUUUUGCAUGCAAAGUUUCCUAUACAAGCACUUGCUAAAGGCAGACCUAGGCAACUCCGAAGAAUACAAAAAUGCUAAAGGCCAAGAGCUGGAUGCAGUACAUGCUAUUUGCAGAGACAACCCUCGGUUAUUUAAGGACUACAUUGUGUGGACCCAUCUCAACCUCUCAAAUGGCACUUUUGGCGAUCCAAGGGAAAGGAGGGAAGACAAUCCUCUCGAUCGUUGCUAUUUCCAUGCCCAUAUGGAAGGUUUUCCUUGCCAUCUCACUCCGAUUGACAAACCAGACUUUAUUGGCAAAGAGCACGAGAAGAAAGGUGUCAGAACAACGAGAUAG